UUAUAUCAGCCUUCAGGACCUCAACAUUGACUGGUUCACAAAAAGAGAGGAAAAGUUUACUAGAAAUGUGUUUUGGAUGAUGCUAGACGAUUAUGAUACGACGAAAACUUUUUUAAUCGGUAGAGCACGUGUCGAUCACGUACCUCAUUAUGCAGCGGGUAUAUAAAUAAACAAAACUUGUUAAAAUCUCGAUCAGGACCUCACGUCCUGCCAAAAAAUGCUCUAUCAUCCUAUACAAAGAACAAGGUGACAGCCUGUGUGCGUGGAAAGAUGGUAGUGGCCGAGUAGAAAGCGGGUAGAAAUGGGACUUUGAAAAAUCCGGCGAAAACUUGAUCAUGAUUCGGAACAUUUCUCGUUUACCCUUACGGUUUUUGCCAUCGACAAAGAAAACCCCCCGAGGAACAAGGAUUUGUGGAGGAUCUUUCCUACAACAUCAAUAUGUACACGACGAAAGGAUGGUUAAAGUGCCUGACUUUUCACAAGAAUUCAAGGGACAGGACAAUUCAUUCCCUUGCCUGACGGAGCAAUCCCCUCGAUCAAGGCAUUUUGGUGCAGAACCAAUAUAUUCAAAAGUAAAUUCAGGCUAUAAGACAUUCUUAAAUGAUGAACCAUUCCACUUCAAGUACAAUGAUGGUGUCAUACCACAGUUACAAGUGGCGUAUGAAACAUGGGGUGAAUUGAAUGAGGCUAAGGACAAUGUUGUUCUGUUGUGUACUGGCUUGUCUGCCUCAUCACAUGCUAAAAGUCAUCCAGAUAAUCCAACACCUGGCUGGUGGGAGAACUUUGUUGGACCUGGCUGUGCUCUGGACACUGAUAAGUUCUUCAUCAUUUGCUGUAAUAAUCUGGGAGGAUGUUAUGGAUCAAGUGGGCCUUCAUUAAUAAAUCCACUGACUAAAAAGCAUUAUGCCACAACAUUCCCAAUAGUCAGUGUAGAUGACAUGGUUCAUGCAUUCUUUCUCGCACUGGAUUCUCUGGGUAUCCAAAAGGUUCAUGCUGUAGUUGGUUCAUCUUUAGGAGGCAUGUCCUCUCUUUUGUCUGCUGCUCUAUACCCAGACAGAGUAGGAAGAGUGGUGUCAAUUUCUGCUUGUGCCCAGUCUCACCCAGCAUCCAUAGCUCUCCGUUAUGUUCAGCGCAGAGUACUUAUGAGUGAUCCUAACUGGAACAAAGGCUUCUAUUAUGAUGGACCAUACCCGAGGCUAGGAAUGAAGCAUGCUCGGGAAGUAGCCACCAUCACUUACCGCAGUGGCCCUGAAUGGGAGCAGAGGUUUGGGCGAAAACGCAUUGAUGACCCCCCUGAAGUGUCUCCAAACCUUUGUCCUGAGUUUGAGAUUGAAAGCUACCUUGAUUAUCAGGGAGACAGCUUUUGUUACAAGUAUGAUCCCAACUCACUUCUGUAUAUAUCAAAGGCAAUGGACCUGUUUGACUUGGGAGAAGGCUUCAGUUCGCUUGUGGAAGGUGUUGCACGUGUUCAGUGCCCCACCCUUGUGUUAGGUGUGCAAUCAGACGUGCUCUUUCCAGUCACUCAGCAGAGAGAAAUUGAGAGACUUCUGAAGGAAGCUCAAAAUCAUAAAGUGACGUAUUAUGAACUACCUUCUAUAUAUGGUCAUGAUACAUUUCUCCUGGAUGUUGUCGCUGUUGGCGCAGCAGUGAAGGGACACAUCGAGACAGAUCUGAAGAUUCACGGGAAAGGAAAAGAUCCAACAAUGAACAAAAGCAAGAACUUUUGACGAGAACUAAGCAUCACUUGUGACAUCACCACCUUCCCGUCAUGCUUUGUACAUUUCGCUGUUAGUUCAACUCCCAUUCGUUUCCCAGGCGCAAACGGACGUAACACUGAUUUUAACUUUUACGAUCAAAACACAAGGGUUAGAGCUAUCUUUGCAAAAAAUUAGAUCUGUAUGAGUAAUACACAACCAAAUUUUCUUAGUUAACUUAUUCUAAUUUAUUUAAUAAAAUAUCAGGAUUACAGAAACCAAAAACGUCGGUUACCCGUUUUAUGGUAGAAAUUUUGACAGGAUGUGAUAUUUGAAAUAAAUUAUAAUUGAUCUGUGAAUGAUAAGGGAUGAACUGAUAAUCAUAGGUUAAUGAACAGAAUUACAAUCCGGAACUAAAAAUUCCACUAUUAGAAAUGAUGAACAACGAAACCAUUACCAGUGCAUGUUCAAAGUUUACACGAUAUCUUCAUGUAUCGGGUUAACUCAUGUUGUGUACUAGGAAUUACAAGUGAUAGAGUUAUUGGUAGAAAAUUUCAAAGUACGCGAGAAUUGCUUGGAAAAUUGGCUAACAGUAGAGGUCACAGUAGAGGCCACAGUAGAGGUCACAGUAGAGGUCACAGUAGAGGCCACAGUAGAUGUCACAGUAGAGGUCACAGUAGCAUUUCGUCUAUCCGAUAUUUUUUCAUUAAGGUAGUUCAAGAUGUUUUUUGGAAAAUGUCUUGUAAUGCGGCAAAGCCUAGUCAAUAGUGACAAGUAAGUGAGUAAAUCAUGGAAAACUUUUUAAAGCAACGAAACGGAUUUUUACCCUGGCAGUUGAACCAGAAAUUAAAUUUAUUUUGAGGAUCUUUUCAACCUUUGUUGAGUUAGAAACCACAAUGUAAAAUAAAUCAUUUGCUGUGCAUGACAAACACGCAACUCUGCCGCUAACACUGUCAUGGUGCUAUCACGCAGACGCACAUCAGUCAUCGCAGCAUCUUGAUUUAACUGAA